AUGGCCAGCAUAGACGUCCUGAGCACCAGGUUUCGCUUUUAUGACAACAUGUACAGUCAGGAUUUACGAGAACAAAGCUUUGCUGACUGGCCGUUUAGGGAGGAAUGUAACUGCACUCCAGAGAAGAUGGCCAGGGCCGGGUUCAUCCACUGCCCCAGUGAGAAUGAGCCUGAUGUCGCCUCUUGUUUCUUCUGUCUGAUUGAGCUCGAAGGUUGGGAGCCAGAUGAUGAUCCCUGGACUGAACAUGUAAAACGCUCUCCUAACUGUGGAUUCUUAACCCUGAAGAAAGACUUCACUGAGCUCACUGCGGCGGAAUACUAUGUCAUCGAGAAAAAGAGGCUAAAGGUCUUCCUUAGGAAAGUCUGUCAUAAGAAGAUGGCAUAUUUACGGGACGAAAUCGACAAAACUCUUGAGAGGCUUAAAUCUGAGUUUGACUCUGAGAUUUAA